UAUCACUCUGAAAAUAGUAAAAUGGUGUGCAUACUAAUUAAACAUUUCUCCUAUAGAAAGAAAGCAAGGAUGUCAGGAGAUUUGUCCCGCAGCAUAAAUAUCAAAGAGCCACGAUGGGACCAGGGCACAUUCAUGGGGCGUGCCAAGCACUUCUUCAUGGUCACAGAUCCCAGGAACGUCCUGCUGUCCUCUGAGACUCUGGAGGAUGCCAGAGUGAUCGUGGAGAACUACAGAGCUGGUGUCGUGAAGCCCGGCCUGUCUGAGGAUGAGCUCUGGAGAGCCAAGUACGUCUACGACUCCGCCUUCCACCCCGACACGGGGGAGAAGAUGGUUGUGAUUGGCCGGAUGUCUGCCCAGGUGCCAAUGAACAUGUCCAUCACAGGCUGCAUGCUCACUUUCUACAGGACUACUCCGGCUGUGGUGUUCUGGCAGUGGGUUAACCAGUCCUUCAACGCUGUCGUCAACUACACCAACCGCAGUGGAGAUGCCCCAUUGACCGUGAAUCAGCUCGGUGCAGCUUACGUCAGUGCUACCACUGGAGCCGUAGUCACAGCCCUUGGACUCAAGUCUCUAGCCGCGCGUCUUCCACCAAUUGUCAGCCGGUUUGUCCCGUUUGCUGCUGUUGCUGCUGCUAACUGUAUUAACAUCCCCUUCAUGAGACAGAGGGAGUUGAAGUACGGUAUCCCCGUGUUUGAUGAGAAUGAGAACAGGUUAGGAGAGUCUCCCAGUGCUGCCAAACAGGCAAUCAUGCAGGUGGUUGUGUCCAGGAUCGGCAUGGCAGUGCCAGCCAUGGCUAUUCCACCUGUUAUAAUGAAUGCUCUGGAAAAGAGAGCUUUCAUGAAGCGGUUCCCCAUUUUAAAUGCUCCAGUCCAGGUUGGGCUUGUUGGUCUGUGCCUGGUGUUUGCGACCCCUCUGUGCUGCGCCCUGUUCCCACAGAAGAGCUCUAUGAAUGUGAGUGGGCUGGAAGCAGAUCUGCAGGAGAGGAUACGACAGACCAGUCCCAACACAACGACCGUCUACUUCAACAAGGGCCUGUAGGACCAGCCAACACAUUUACACGCACACGCAAAAGACAUGCAGACACUCACACACACAUACAGGUGUCUGUAGUCCCGUGGGCACAAGAGGGAGAGCAAAACAACUUUAUUUAUGCAUUUUUUGUUGUGUACGGCAUUUAUUUUUGUUUUUUAUUUGACUGCUUGAAGCUGCUCCAGGUGUAACAGUGGAGGCUGCUGAUAAAAAUGAUUCACAGAAGAGAAAACAAAACACUCUGAGAAGAAGGAUAACUGACAGUUCUUUCUGUACAUACAUGGCACUUCUUCUUCCCCGUUACUGCCUCAGUGGCAGUUCAUUAAGUUACUCACUUUACAUGUUGCAUUCAGGUUCAGGCAAGUUUUGUUUCCUCUGAUAAAUGUGUAACUCCAGUUGAAAAUGAAGGCUUGUACGCCUUGUAUGUCAUUGCUUCUGAAUGUAACAUAAUCUUUUGCCUUGUGUCCACCCUCACUUAGAUUUCCUCUGUCCAGUUCUUGCCUAGUGAUCAUUGCAUUGCUCUGUUUUUAGAAAUAGUAUUUUAUAACACACCAAGUACAGUAUGUAAAACAUCUUGCCUCUAAUUAAUGACCAUUUUGUAGUUCCACAAUGUAGUUACACUGGACAAACCAGUACUUUGAUUAGCUAUAAAUCGUUCAACCCUUUUUCUGUUGUGCUCUGCCUCCUCGUUAACUAUCCCUUAAGUGUUCUUAUACUCCUUCAUAUUAUUAUACAAGGUAAUGAGGUGCUAGGCAGAUUUGGCAAAGAAAAUAUGUAGGAAUUACACUGCAAAAGCACUCCUAGAUCACAAGAGUAUGUUCAACAACACUAGUAAGCGUGGUUUUGGUCAACAUGUGUAUAUAUAUAUAUAUAUAUAUAUGUACUGUUGCCAUGGUAGUGGCAGAUUGUCGUUCAAGGCCUUUUAUCAUUUUAGAACUCUUUAUGAACUAGUUGUUAUGUUAAGUGGCACAUUAAUUAAUUCUUUGAUUGUCGUAGGUGAUGGUGCUUGUUUGGUGGUCGUGUCAGGUGGAGAAGAAUAUACUCUAUUGUGUCUACAUGUUGUUAAGAGAAAAUGGUGCAAACGGAUCAGAAAUUUCUUUCUUAGUCUGGCCAUUUUUGUGUUGAAAUGCAAUGAUAUGCAAAUCAUUGACAGUAAUGUAUCGCUGUUGUCAUGUGAAAACUUUGUAACUCUGAUUUUGGCGUUGCCAAUGUGCACACAUGAUCUGAAAAAUGUUAUGAGCUGCUUGAAUGAAGUCGAAAAGGCAGAGAUAAGCAAAAGGCUGCCUGAUUUCAGUUCCUUAAAGUGGGAGAUGCAGUGUUUUCAUAUGCAAUAGCUAACUAGCCAUCUGCACAAUUGUCUUGCACUUGACUCAUAUUUGUCCCACUGUACCAAAUGAAAGUGGUUAAUGUUGUGUGACAGGUCAGAGCAGCAGCUAAUUGUGUGCUCAGCCUUUGUUGCUUUGUUAAGUGGACAGUUUGAGCUUCUCUGAUCAAAUCCAAACACAUGGCUGUCCAGUGCGGUUAUGUAGUGAUGAUGAUGUUGUAACUGAGGAAGAAUCAGCUGAUAUUUAUCCCAGUGUCGUCUGUCUGCAUUAUGCAAAAAUAAGUAUAUUUUACUUGGAUAUAUUUAUAUAUACAUAUAUAUAUAUGGUGCACAAUAAAUGGAGCACAUAUGCAUGAGGGAUUUUAGAGAUAUAACUUAAAGGUGUGCCAUGUGGCUCCACCUAUAUAUCAGAACACAUAGUGUCAGCGGUUCGUGUUACAGGGGUGUGUAAGUUAUUGCACAUGAGCGAGUGCUCGUCAUGCUUAAGGGUUAAUGAGUUAUCAGAUUAGAGAACUAGUUCCUCUAGUUGGAUAAAACGUGAUGCAGUAAACACAGUCACAGAAUACCAACUAUGGCUCCUUGUGUGUGAAGUGUUGUUUUGUUUAUAUUGAUGAUUUUUUUUUUAAAGAAGAGAUUUAUACCCAACAGUAAGAUUGUACAGGCCAUGUUUUUACUUUCAUUUCAUCUCAUUCAAACAUCCGUAGCAUCACGUGAGUCUGAGUGUCGGGAAUUUGAAGUUGUGCAGUUGGUCAUUUUCAAAGGGAACUGAUUAGUAAGAGAUUGUAGCAAUUGCACAACUAUUACAAUUGUUAUCAAUCAACUCCUCUACACAGACCGCGUUCAUUGAAGGGUUUAAUUCCAAAGUGCUGAUUCAUGUUUGCGCUGACAUGCCUGAAGUCUGUAUUCGAGUGUGGAAGAUGGAUAUCUCAUUUUGGAAUUAAACUCUUCUUCCAGCUGCUCUCCGUUGUCUUUCAUAUUUCAUAUAAACAUUUAGUUUAAAUCCCUGAGCAAUGAUGCAGCAAAGGGGGAAUCAUCCAUGUAAGCAGACAGCUUUACCUACACUGAGACAUGAUGCACUGCAGGACAGUGUUUUAGAGUUAGUAUCACCACUACAUUCUAAUAUUUGAUAUAUGUGUACCAUCCAAACUUCUGUUUCUGUCAUCACUGCUGAUUGUAAUCAUUAUUCUGUGCUGUGUUUUUCUGCUGAGGGUCAAACUGCACUAUAUAACCAUUGCUGUGCUGCUGUAGGAGCUACUAGAAUUUAUGUUGCUGUGUAAAAAGAGCAGACAUAUUAACAGCUGCUUUUCAAAAUGUAUAAUGAGGAUUGUAUUUGUUUAUCCUACUAAAUACUGAACUAUGGUUAUGUUACUGCUAAUUAGAAAUUCAUUCUGUGUCUGGUUUAGUUUCACCACUCAUAACCAGCUACUUUCUUUGUGUUUUUGCUUUUUGGAAUUACGCAGAAGUGUCAAGAACAAAACUGGAGGGUUUUUUUUUCAGCAUUUGAACCUAGUUGUAAACAUUUCUGUCAGCAUUCGACUGGACUGAACCACCAUAACACCCAUAGAUCUAUCCAAAGAUGAGACGGGUAUGAAUUGUACAGUGCUGAGGAGAAGUGUGUAGCGUUUAAACUUUUCGUUCCAGCUUUAUUUUAUGGAUCUUAUUUUUUGCUUUUCUCGUGCAAAAAUAUGCUCUUAAUUUUUUACAGAAGUGAUCAUCCACCAUGUUAGUUGAUCAACAUCACACCAAAUUAAAUGAUCUAAAUAAAGUCCUAACAUAUAUAUUAGAUUUUUGUUUUGUUAAAGUUAAUAUUUAUUUCGGUAAAAUCUUGACUCUACUGCACAAAAUACCAGUGAAAUUUGGCACACUGGUUGAACUUGAUUUAUAGAUAGGUCACAUGCAUGCCAUAAUUAAAAAGUUACAUAUUUUCAUACUGAAGGCACAAAUGUAAAGACAAUCUGUGUUAUUGUUACACUCCAUGAAUGUUUUGGUCCUUUCAUGUACAUACAACUUGCAUACAUGUAGUUAUGUUACUGUUGGUGCAGCGUUCUCUCCCUUCAUUAUGUAUGAUGUUGAAAUAUAUUUCGUUGAUGUGAAAUGUAUUUUACUCAGAGCAAUAGAAUAAAAAAUGUAAUGUUAAGG